GACCUCUCUAGACCCCAAAGAUGACAAGCUGCUGGCGUCUUCUAAAGAGAUCUUCAAGUCCUGUUUGUUCAGAUCAGCCGCUGUCGAGGAGGGGACGAGGAUCGUAGUGACAGAUCUUCUGGACACGCUUGGCGGAUUACUGGCGGCCACAGAGGUCACAGACUUGACCUUGCUGCUGGCGAACGUGACACGGAUGUUUGGGGCCUCCCCGUUCUUUAGGGUCAUCGUUCACAGCGACAAGAAUAUCUCACUGAUAGCCAACGUGUCAGACCACAUGAACCCACUCACCAACCCACCUGACUUCUCAAGGUCACGCUCAUCUUCAACAGAAAAUGAUGCCAAAAUGAACAUGGCACGGCUGAGUGAUCUGCUGUAUAACCUGAUACGGCCAACGGUCAACGAAUCGGAUGCCAGGAACAUCGUCGCAGACUUCCUCAAGCAGGAGGCCGACAUCCGCAGGAUACUACCAACCGGUCGUGAGCAUUCAGACUACUCGGAUGGCUCCUUCACGUGCGACAGUCCCAGCAGUCAAAAAACUCUCGGAGAACUACAAAUUAAAUACAACGGCAUCGGCAUCAACUGGUUCCUGUUUUUCCAAAACGUCCUCGACACAACCGACGUCGCAGACAUCCGCUUCUGUAAAACCUCUUCAUACUAA